CUCCGAGCAGAAUGGCUGCAGUCUCAGAGCUCUCCGUGCUGCUGUUUGCUCUCAUCAGCAACAUUCACGCUGAAGAACUCAUCGUCAUCCGAGGGGAAAGGAGCUCUCUCACCUUCGAGCUCCCAGAGAAGGCCGGCUCCUGCCUGAUCUCCAGAUGUGUUGGUGAGGAGAAGCUGGUCCUGUGGAACACCUCUGACCUCUGGCCCCAGAGCUCCUCAGUACCUGAAGAGCUGAAACAACGACUCGUCAGCAUGGCCGAUACUUCUUCCUACAAGAUCAACGACCUGACCCAUUCAGACUCCGGCCUGUACCAAGAGGAGUGCUGGACUGAGGGCAAAGUGACUCAUGAGAAAAACAUCACAGUUACUGUUUGUGGUUCAAUACAUGGGUCCUGGAGUGAAUACAUGAAAGAUGAAGAAACAAAAGACCUGCCUUGUCGUGGAGCAGCUGACCACCUGGAUGUCCAGUGGCUCAAACGGGAUUAUCGAUAUGAACAGAAAAUAUGGACCAGAGUUUUUGGGGACAAUACGGCAUCAGUGAUGGACAAUGAUAGAGGAAGAUACCAAGUGGUGAAGAACACAUCAGCUCUACGUAUAUCCAACUUCUCAACAGCUGACCUCGGAGAAUACACCUGUCUGCUGAUGAACCAACAGCAGUGUGUUAGUGGUGAGACUGUAGAGUAUCAACUGGACAGAGAGUGGAUCUAUCACUCAGUGGAAGACACGGUUGUGCUGCAGUGCCCUGACUCUGGUUUCAAUGAAAAGAAGCCUCCAUAUUGGGAGACUAGAGUUGACACCAUUCACCAAGGACAACAUAACCUCUCUGUGGGUGUAAUGGACCAGAACUACUCUCUGGUGUUACCAUCGGUAACGUUAAAUCACGCAGGUCUGUACUCUUGUAAUACCUUUAAUACUGUGAAAACAUAUUAUCUGUUGGUGUGCCCCAAAUUCCCCUCCCCUGCUGUAGAGCUCUUCUCAGGGGGAGAAGAAGUCACUCUCAAAUGCAAAGAUGGGGAACAGUAUCAGCAUCAAUUUUGGUUCUUUAAGUCGAACCGAACCAAAGGAAGAACCAUUAGUUUAUUUUUUAGUCAGAUCAGGAGCGAUGUGCGCAGGGAGAGUGAUGGGAGAUUGGUGAUUUCUAAUGUCUCUCUGGAAGACACAGGAGAGUAUUGGUGUGCAGUUUUUGACAGAAAUGAUCAGUGUCUGUCUUCAACCAAGACCCUCCUUAAGCACAGAGACCCCUUUGGGGUUCACUCCACCUUCUAAGCAGUGAGAUGCUCAGCGCUCAGUGUUCUGCUGCUGAUGCUCUGUGUUGCUGUAGUCACUGUGACCCUGAGGACCAGAACACGGGACACUUAAUAUGCAUCUGUUCAUUUCACUUCCCUCUGUCCUCGUCCUCUUUCAUACAGCGGCUCAGAAACAGGAUUUAAACUCUGGGUGUUAGAAAUUCAUGCAAACACAACAUCUGAGUCUGAUCACAAGAGAGAGAGAGAGAGAGAGAGAGAGAGAGAGAGAGAGAGAGAGAGAGA